AAAAACUUUGGAUGCGGUCUGUCCGUAAGUGAGCGUAGUCGAGUAAAGAUGGUCGUCGCCGUCGCGCUGUAAAAUUUUAGUGCCGUGUUAGUGUGAAGAAAAAAAUAUUGAAACCAGCAAGUGAAAAUAGCAUAAAUUCGAAGAAAACGGUGCAUAUUCCGUGAGGAUUUGUGUUGCAAAAGGUGAUACGGUAGUGCGAGUACAGUUUGCGAUCGCGUAGACGAUCUGAAAGUACAGUUUAAUUCACGAAAAUCGAUUAAUUGGGAUAUUUUCAAUAACAUCGCGCUAGGAGCUCGCUCUCUAGGACAGUAAGCUUCUAGCCAUGACGACUGACAUUUCAGUGGUCCGGUGGGACCCCAGCCAGGGUCCAGGGCAGGAGUACAUCGACGAAUACGAAUACGACGGGGGCAACUCCAGUUCACGCCUUUUCGAGCGAUCACGAAUCAAAGCUUUAGCCGAGGAACGCGAGAGUGUCCAGAAGAAAACAUUCACAAAAUGGGUUAAUUCGCAUUUAGUGAGAGUCAACAGUCGAAUAGGUGAUUUGUACGUCGACAUGCGGGACGGCAAAAACCUCAUCAAACUACUGGAAGUAUUAUCUGGCGAGCGAUUGCCCCGCCCCACGAAGGGUAAGAUGCGAAUUCACUGCCUUGAAAACGUAGACAAAGCAUUGCAGUUCCUUCGAGAUCAGCGAGUUCAUUUGGAGAACAUCGGUUCUCACGAUAUCGUUGACGGAAACGCCAGCUUAAAUCUGGGUCUAAUAUGGACUAUUAUCCUGCGAUUCCAGAUCCAAGAUAUUACAAUCGAAGAAACCGACAACAAGGAGACAAAGUCCGCCAAGGAUGCCCUGCUUCUAUGGUGUCAAAUGAAGACCGCCGGUUACCAUAACGUGAACGUGCGUAACUUCACUACCUCUUGGCGAGAUGGGCUUGCCUUCAAUGCAAUCAUUCACAAACAUCGACCGGAUCUUAUCCAGUUCGAUAAGCUGACGAAGAACAAUCCCAUCCAGAACUUGAAUAAUGCGUUCAACGUGGCUGAAGAGAAGCUUGGUCUGACGAAGCUGCUGGAUGCUGAAGAUGUGUUCGUUGAACAUCCCGAUGAAAAGUCCAUUAUCACCUACGUGGUAACCUACUAUCACUACUUCAGCAAACUGAAGCAAGAAACCGUGCAAGGCAAACGUAUCGGCAAAGUCGUCGGUAUUGCCAUGGACAACGAUCGGAUGAUCAACGAGUAUGAAUCGUUGACCAGCGAAUUGCUGAAGUGGAUUGAAGUUACUAUCGUCCAGCUCGGCGAUCGUCAGUUUGCCAAUUCUCUGGUCGGAGUUCAGCAACAAUUGGCACAGUUCUCCAACUACCGAACAGUUGAAAAGCCUCCCAAAUUUGUGGAGAAAGGUAACUUGGAAGUGCUGCUGUUCACAUUACAAUCGAAGAUGAGAGCAAACAAUCAAAAACCCUACACACCUAAAGAAGGCAAAAUGAUUUCUGAUAUUAACAAGGCAUGGGAGCGCCUCGAGAAAGCAGAACACGAACGAGAACUGGCCCUUCGCGAAGAGUUGAUCCGGCAAGAGAAACUCGAGCAGCUCGCCGCACGGUUCAAUCGAAAGGCAACCAUGAGGGAGACAUGGCUCUCGGAGAAUCAACGCCUGGUUAGUACCGACAACUUUGGGUUUGAUCUGGCUGCCGUCGAAGCUGCUGCGAAGAAGCAUGAAGCCAUUGAAACCGAUAUCUUUGCUUAUGAAGAGCGUGUCCAAGCCGUUGUCGCUGUCUGCAAUGAACUCGAGGCAGAGAAAUAUCAUGAUAUUGAAAGGAUUGCAGCUCGUAAAGAGAACGUCUUACGUCUGUGGAAUUAUCUACUAGAACUGCUCAGAGCAAGAAGAAUGCGUCUGGAGUUCUCCAUUCAACUACAGCAGAACUUCCAGGAGAUGAUCUACAUCUUGGAUUCCAUGGAAGAAAUCAAGCAGCGUUUGUUAACAGACGAUUUUGGCAAGCACUUGAUGGGUGUGGAGGAUCUCCUGCAGAAACAUUCUCUUGUGGAAGCUGACAUCAACGUACUUGGUGAGCGCGUAAAGCAAGUAGUGCAGAAUUCCCAGAAAUUCUUGGGAGACGAAGAGGGCGGAUACAAGCCUUGCGAUCCAGCUAUCAUUGUUGAUCGCGUACAGCGUCUGGAAGAUGCCUAUGCCGAGCUGUGCAAGCUAGCGGUUGAUCGCCGAUGCCGCUUGGAGGAGAGCCGUAAGCUGUGGCAGUUCUAUUGGGAUAUGGCCGAUGAGGAGAACUGGAUAAAGGAAAAAGAGCAAAUCGUUUCAGCUGACGAGAUUGGUCACGAUUUGACCACAGUCAACUUACUGUUAUCCAAACACAGAGCAUUGGAAAAGGAAAUCAAUUCUCACGAACAGCAGUUGAUGUCCGUCAGUACCGUUGGUGAUGAGUUGGUUCGAAACGGACACUUUGGAGCUGAUCGUAUUGAUGAGCGUCUAAAGGAGAUUUUAGCUAUGUGGAACAACCUUCGGGAUCUCACGGUAUCACGACGCCAACGCUUGGAGAAUGCUGUCGAUUACUUCCAACUGUUUGCUGAUGCCGAUGAUAUUGACAACUGGAUGCUCGACGCUUUACGCCUCGUUUCAUCGGAAGACGUCGGUCGUGACGAAGCAAAUGUGCAAAGCUUGCUUAAGAAACACAAGGAUGUAGCUGAUGAACUGAAAAAUUACGCUGAAACUAUUGAACAGUUACACGCUCAGGCUAAGAAUCUAACAUUGACAGAACCAGAACAACAAAAAGUCCAAGAACGUCUUGCUGCAAUCGACGCCCGCUACAAAGAACUUAUGGAACUCACGAAAUUGCGCAAACAACGCCUCCUUGAUGCUCUCAGUUUGUACAAACUCAUUUCUGAGAGCGAUGGCGUAGAACAAUGGAUUAGCGAAAAGGAACGUAUGCUGCAGACUAUGGUCCCUGGCAAGGACAUAGAAGACGUAGAAAUCAUGAAGCACCGCUAUGAUGGAUUCGAUAAGGAAAUGAACGCCAAUGCAUCUCGGGUGGCCGUUGUUAACCAAUUAGCUCGCCAGUUGCUCCACGUUGAACAUCCCAACUCAGAGGAAAUUAUCGAGAAGCAGAAUCAUCUGAACCAAAGCUGGUCGAAGUUGCGUGAACAGGCAGAGAGUAAGCGCGAUGAUCUGAAGUCUGCUCACGGUGUACAAACAUUCUACAUCGAGUGUCGUGAGACAAUCUCCUGGAUCGAAGACAAGAAACGUAUUCUCACUGAUACUGACAGCCUCCAAAUGGAUUUGACUGGUGUGAUGACGUUACAGCGUCGCCUCAGUGGUAUGGAGCGUGAUUUAGCCGCUAUUCAAGCCAAGCUAACGGCUUUGGAGAGCGAAGCCGAUGCCAUUGAGGGUGAACAUCCUGAAGAGGCUGCUUUGAUUCGUGAGAGAAUUUCUCAAAUCCAAGUUAUCUGGGAGCAGCUCACUCAGAUGCUGAAAGAACGUGAUUCCAAACUUGAAGAGGCUGGAGAUCUUCACCGGUUCCUUCGUGAUCUGGAUCACUUCCAGGCAUGGUUGACCAAGACGCAAACUGAUGUUGCUUCCGAAGAUACUCCUACAUCACUGCCAGAAGCUGAGAAGCUGCUGAAUCAACACCAGAGUAUCCGGGAGGAAAUUGACAAUUAUACUGAGGAUUACACUAAGAUGAUGGAGUACGGUGAAGGAUUAACCUCGGAACCGACUCAGACCGAAGAUCCACAAUACAUGUUCUUGCGUGAACGUCUGAAGGCUCUGAAGGAUGGCUGGGAAGAAUUACACCAGAUGUGGGAAAAUCGACAAGUUCUGUUGUCUCAGAGCUUGGAUCAACAAUUGUUCAACCGAGAUGCACGUCAAGCUGAAGUUCUCCUCAGCCAACAAGAGCAUGUUCUCAGUAAAGAUGACACUCCAGUUAAUUUGGAACAAGCUGAAAAUCAGUUGAAGCGUCAUGAAGCAUUCCUCACCACCAUGGAAGCAAACGAUGAAAAAAUCAAUACUAUUGUUCAGGUUGCUGAUCAGCUUACCGAAAAGCAGCACUUCGAUUCAGAAAAGAUCGGCAAACGAGCUGAGAGCAUUGCACACCGCCGGGACGAUAAUCGCAACCGUGCUAUUGAGCUCCAUGAAAAACUGAAGAACCAGGUCAAACUGCACGAAUUCUUGCAAGACAUUGAAGAACUGACUGAGUGGGUACAAGAGAAAUACAUUACCGCUCAAGAUGAUACAUACCGUAGCGCCAAGACUGUUCACAGCAAGUGGACCCGUCAUCAAGCUUUCGAAGCGGAAAUUGCUGCCAACAAGGAACGACUCCAUGAAGCCCAAAAAGCCGCCCAGGAGCUUAUGGUUGAAAAACCAGAGUUCAAGGAAAUUAUCGAACCUAAACUGCAGGAUCUGGCUAAGAACUUUGAUGAACUUGAGACCAGCACCAAGGAGAAGGGAGCCCUUCUGUUCGAUGCUAAGCGUGAAGUUAUUGUCCAACAAAGUGUUGAUGAUAUUGAUUCAUGGAUGGAUGAUUUGGAGAAACAAAUCAUCAACACUGAUACGGGUAAUGAUCUGACCUCCGUCAACAUAUUAAUGCAGAAACAACAGGUCAUCCAAACCCAAAUGGCAGUCAAAGCUCGACAGGUCGAAGAACUUGAGAAGCAAACCGAAGUUCUUACGAAGACUGCUCCUCUGGACGUUGUAGAACCUAUCGUGGAGAAGAAGACAGCAGUCAAUGAACGAUUUGAAAAGAUUAAGGGACCCCUUUUGGAACGUCAGCGUCAGCUUGAAAAGAAGAAGGAGGCCUAUCAAUUCCGUCGCGAUGUUGAGGAUGAAAAGCUGUGGAUUGACGAGAAGAUGCCACUGGCAAACUCGGAGGAAUAUGGAAAUUCGUUGUUCAAUGUGCAUGUGUUGAAAAAGAAGCAUCAAUCGCUAAAUACCGAAAUUGAUAAUCAUGAGCCUAGAAUUAUGACCAUUUGCAAUAACGGACAAAAGCUGAUUGACGAAGGACAUGAAGAUGCAUCCCAGUACGCCGAUCUAAUCAGCCAGUUGACUCAAAAAUGGCAGGAAUUGAAGGAUGCCAUCGACAACCGUCACAAACAGCUUGAUCAAUCGGAGAAGGUUCAACAGUACUUCUUCGAUGCUGCUGAGGCUGAAUCGUGGAUGAGCGAACAAGAGUUGUACAUGAUGGUUGAAGACCGAGGAAAGGACGAAAUUUCUGCCCAAAAUCUAAUGAAGAAGCAUGACACUCUGGAACAAUCAGUGGAGGACUACGCCGAUACGAUUAGACAGCUGGGAGAAACAGCAAGACAAUUGACCGCUGAACAGCAUGCAUACAGCGAUCAGGUAUCUGUCAAGCAAUCUCAACUGGAUAAAUUGUAUGCCGGAUUGAAGGAUUUGGCUGGAGAACGUCGCGCCCGUUUGGACGAAGCAUUGCAACUUUUCAUGUUGAAUCGAGAAGUCGAUGACCUUGAACAGUGGAUUGCUGAGCGCGAAUUGGUUGCCGGUUCACAUGAACUUGGCCAAGAUUACGAUCACAUUACAUUGCUGUGGGAGCGCUUCAACGAGUUUGCCCAAGAUACGGCUGCCGUCGGAAGCGAACGUGUUGCAAAGGCUAAUGGAAUCGCAGACGACUUGAUUCAUGCCGGACACUCAGACAGUGCAACGAUAGCUGAAUGGAAGGACGGACUUAACGAGUCUUGGCAAGAUCUGCUGGAGCUGAUAGAAACCAGAAAGGCGAUGUUGGCUGCUUCCCGUGAACUGCACAAAUUCUUCCACGACUGUAAGGAUGUUUUGGGACGAAUUAUUGAAAAGCAGCAUGGUGUAUCAGAUGAAUUGGGACGUGACGCCGGAUCUGUCUCAACGUUACAGCGCAAGCAUCAAAACUUCAUCCAAGACUUGAUGACGCUUCAUUCUCAAGUCCAACAGAUUCAGGAAGAGUCUUCGAAAUUGCAAGCGGCAUAUGCAGGUGAGAAGGCACGCGAAAUCACAAACCGUGAGCAUGAAGUUCUUGCAGCUUGGGCAAACCUGCAAGGAAUGUGUGACGCUCGUAAGAAUAAACUUGCCGACACAGGAGAUCUGUUCAAAUUCUUCAAUAUGGUCCGAACGCUAAUGCUGUGGAUGGAAGAUGUAGUAAGGCAGAUGAAUACCUCAGAAAAGCCCCGCGAUGUAUCAGGUGUGGAGCUACUGAUGAACAACCAUCAAAGCCUCAAGGCAGAAAUUGACACCCGUGAAGAUAACUUCUCAGCUUGUUUGGCUCUUGGAAAGGAACUCUUGGGAAGAAACCACUAUGCUUCAGCAGACAUCAAGGAGCGCCUAUUGCAGUUGACGAACAGCAGAAAUGCUCUGCUGCAUCGAUGGGAAGAACGUUGGGAGAACCUACAGCUAAUAUUGGAGGUAUAUCAAUUUGCCCGUGAUGCUGCUGUUGCCGAGGCCUGGUUGAUUGCACAAGAACCGUAUCUGAUGUCGACAGAACUGGGACACACUAUUGACGAAGUCGAGAACCUGAUCAAGAAGCACGAGGCAUUCGAAAAAUCCGCUGCAGCACAAGAAGAACGUUUCAGCGCUUUGGAGCGAUUGACCACGUUUGAGCUCAAAGAAAUGAAACGUCGCCAGGAAGCAGCAGAAGAAGCCGAACGACAACGUUUGCAAGCGGAAGCAGAAGCUAAGGCAGCAGCGGAAGCUGAGGCUGAGGCAGCACGUCAAGCCGAAGCAGCAGCACGUGAUACAGCCGAUGCACCAGGCUCGCCACAUUCCACGAAGGAGCAAGAAUCAGUGCAUGCAAAAUCUAAAAUGGGGACAGUAGCUGGGAAAGGUGCUUCGGUUGGGCCAACUCAGAGGCCUAUUAGCUCAAGGACUGGUACAUUGCCCAAGUACCCAUCUAUCGGCACCGAUACACCCAGCACCAGCACGAGGAGACACUCAGCGACACCCAAAGAGCGUUCCGCCAGCACAGCCAGUGCAUCAGCGUCCAAAGUUAGCCGAAGAUCUCGCUCCAAGAGUCCAUUCCGGAGUUUCCGCUGGAAGCGGGGUUCCUCCAAAGCAGAAGUAUCGGACGAUGAAGGAGAUCGUCCAAGUCCCGGAGGAGCCGAUGAAGGCGCACAAGAAGGUGUUCUUACCAGGAAACAUGAAUGGGAAUCUACCACCAAGAAGGCCUCUAAUCGAUCGUGGGAUAAGAUUUAUUGCGUUGCCCGAAAUGGCCGUUUGUCGUUCUUCAAGGAUCAGAAAACAUCGAAGACUGUUCCUGAUCAAACGUUCCGUGGUGAACCCCCACUAGAGCUGAAGGGAGCUCAAAUAGAAAUUGCUACCGACUAUACUAAGAAGAAGCAUGUGUUCAGAAUAAAGUUGUCGAAUGGUGGCGAAUUCUUGCUGCAGUGUCACGAUGACGCCGAAAUGAAUCAAUGGGUAACUGCUUUGAAAGCCCAAUGCGAGCUUGACGCUAGCGGUGAAGGCCGUUCGUUAACGUUGCCAGCUUCAUCACAGAAGGAUGAACAAAAGAGACGGUCAUUCUUUACACUGAAGAAAAAUUAAAAUCUUUACAAAAACAUACAUGAUCCGAUAUCGACACAUCUAUGCAAAAACGAUUGCGAUAAAUCAGCAAAAUCUGUACUAAACCCAAUUGGACAACCUUCUUCUGUUUUAAUUAGUUGUUAGUGAUUUUAAGUACGUACUGUUCACGACACCAACAGGUGAAUAAUAAUAAAGCAAAGCAUAUGUAAUGUAAAAGUCAAUGCAGGAAACGUAAAAAGCCAGCACUUGUGUGGUUAAUCAUUGUUGACUAACUUCUCAGUUUGAAAACUUGUCAGGAACCACUAAUACGUUUAGAACAACUUAUAAAAAUAUUUCAGCUUAGUCCAGUGAAUAACAAGAGCAAGCACUUAGCGAAUAGAGUACACAAAUACGGAGAUAUCGCAAUGAGUACAAUCCAGGUGAUUCUGGUUUUCGGGAGCUUCAUCUACUACAACAAUUCCAUCAACAAUCAUCACAUCUCAUUAUCGAGAGCAAACAACACAACUUUUAUCUGUAAGAUUUUCACAUCUCAAAGCAGCGUCUUCGCAAUAACAGCUACUGAAAUUUAGAACUUUCAAUGACGUAAAAAGUGUAUCGUUUAAAUAGAAAAUGGACGUUGUCGAAUUAAGAACAUUUAAACAAGACAAAACGCGCUCCGCUAAAGCUGAUUUGGAACCAAAUAAAAAAAAAAACCUGACGAAAACUAAUUUUAAAAACAAUGUAUAUCUAUAAAAUAAUAAAUAUUUAUUUUAUCCUAGCCGAAGGACAAAGAACUCAGCAGAAGAAAAAAGAAAAUCUUUGAACUCCCACAACGUCUUCGAUUUCGUUUCGUGAGAAAAGAAAUUGUAAGAAUAAGAAGAGUGUGACCCUUGCAAAAUGUUGAAAGGCCAGUAGAUGACACCUAUUAUAGACGUACAGUGUAGAAAACCUAAUUUCUUUAUUUUCGCAAACAAAGUUCAAGAAAUAAGGAUUUAAUGUAGUAAUCCAGUCAGCCAUGGCCAAUAACACCUAAAACAUCGCAGAGUUCGGAAUAUUUCUAUUUCGUUUGAAGUGGUGUAUAGCCUAAAACCAAGAUGAAACUUUAGGGUUGCGUUCUUAUUUAUAUACAUUAUACCUUCUAUAGCUUCUUUUCUAUUACGCUUUGUGGAAUACAUUUAUCAUAGUGUGAAUGAGUUCGCUUUAUUGUAAGAUCUAGCUGUGUGCUUUCCAUUGUAAUAUUAAUAUUGCAGCACAAACGAUUAGAACUAUGCGGGAAAAAAAAGGAAUACCACGACGCAACCGGUUAGAGCAGAUUAUUUCAAUCCAUCUCGAAGGAGUUUGAUUGGGUUUUUUAAAGAAAGAAAACACUGCAAAUUGCGUAUAAAACAUACUGAUAACUGAAUACAUCAUAUAAAGUGUUGGAUAUUGGGCGUUCCGCUUCUAGGAACCCGUUCAUAAAGCUUCCACUUGAUCAUGGCGUCGAAAGUAUGUGCUUGGAAACGUUAUCAGUAUGCUUGAUAUGAAAUUUCUGUAUAUUCUUGGUUUAUAUGAAUUUUGCGAAGCUAUAAAGCUUUCCCAAAAUUAUUUUAUUUCAUUUCGUCUUACCAAUCAACACAAAUACAAUAGUUUAUAGCUGUUUAUAGCGAAACGGUAUAGGCUGGCCGAUGCAUUCUAUAUGGAGGCGCAAGGCAGCUGAUUGACGACGUACUGAAGGGUCAUGUUAAAGCUUCAAUAUCGGCCGUUUAUUCGUUAAUUAAGUAAGAGCACUAUUACCUAUAUGGAAAAAAUGUCAUUGCAAUAAAAUACACACAAUGAAUACAAUUUCAAUGUUUCGACAAAACGAUAAUGUAAUUCUAAUGAAAAGCUUAGAAUAAAUAUUAUAUUAUUUCUGUUUAUUUUAAGCCGUACAUUAUUUAUUUUUUCUUUUCUUAAGAAUGUACUAAAUAAAUACGAAAAAAAAAUCGCAAGAGAGAAGCAAAAAUAUAUUAGCGCGCUAUGUAAAAGAACAUUUGUUUAUACAAAAGUAUAAAAAUCAAUCAAGUAUAUUUUUAAACUGCCAGCUUGUGAGUAUAAAAACAAAAAUAAACGUAUGGAAUAAUAAUGCUUA